UCUUGUUCUUCAUUCACUCAGCGGCUGAAUACUUAGAUCUACGAAGCACCACGACGCAUCGUAUUCCAGGAUGAAGAUCAACUACAAACGUGCUCAAUCCUAUUGCAUAUGCUUGUGAACACGUCAACAGUUGUGGUGGAUUUCCAUUUUCACAAUACCGCUUGGAAAGGAUUCCGCAAAAGGUUUUCCGAUCAAUUUCAAUUCUGCAGAAAAAAAUAGUUCCUCUAUGUAUUCAUUCCUGAAGUUGUGCCUUUGCCCGCAACUGCGAAUAGAAGACAUUGGUAUUGUUCCUGAUAAAUUUGUCGCGACCUUCACCAGACGCAGACUUGCGCAUGGCAACCGCUCCCGGCAGGUCUGUCCAGCAGGUCGGCGCGGCCGGGGCUGAUGCCGGCGGUGCAGCCGAGAUGAAAAACCGGACGGGCGAUGUGGAGAACCCGAACUCCCACAGCAAACUCGUGGUGUACAAGAGUCGGGUGGCGUAUGUACGGAAGAUAUGUCGCGAGGACGAGUAUCUCUUGCCGCACCUGAGGCAUCCACACCGCGAGCACUUUGAGCACUGCCGGCGGAUAAUCCUGGACAUCAAGGAAUGGUGUAUUGGAACUGUUUGUGAGGUUGAUUUUGGAGGAGCAUAGGAGUGCAACGACCCAUUGUUUCUUAAGUCUGUACCUCUUGGUUUUAUUGCAUAAAGUACGUAGAUCUAGAACUAGUACUAGAUGCAAUAUGUAUCCGGCAUGGUGCUAUCACUGAGGAGGACGAACAUCGAGCCCAAGCACCGCUGUGACGGAGUAUCAACAUUUCCGGACUCCAACUCAGGGCCAAUCCGGCGUUUUGGCACCAAUGGCUGAAGGACGGUGGGCUCCCCGAUGCGGAGGUGGAACCGGACCUGAUUUCCAUGCGGCCAGACCAGGUGAUGACCCGCAUGCGCACCUGGCUGCGGUACCCGGAGCGCGCGCUGUCCAUCCGGUGGCAGUCGGUGUUGACGGACAUGAUUCAGGUGCUGACCGACCUGGGGAUGCAGCUGAACGACCUCUACUCCAUGCUGUCCAACGACCGCUUUUCCGUCGUCGCGCUGUGCGACGUUUUCGCGGCGUACGACGAGAUCGAGCGGGUCACGGUGCAGAUCAAGCGGAAAAAGCGGCGGAAAUUCAUCGAAACAAGCUGGAACUGCGACAAGGAGAAGCGGUUUCUGCUCAUGGUGUUUCUCGAGUGGAAACGCACCGUGGAGUACGAACGGGACAUUGAGGUGUUAAAGCAGUACGUGGAAAACACGAAAAUAGCCUUGCAAGACGCGGUGGAGGCGAACGCCAUGCACGACUUUCUGUUGCAGUUCAAGUUCCGGUAUCAAAUGUAAAAAUGUCUGGGUCUGGAAGAUCACCAGGUUUUUCAUGCAUAUUUUCAAUGACCCAUGAUGUCUGUGAUGCAUGCCCUAGCAUCACAGAUUUUUAGAGGACUUUGUGAUGCCUUUGCCGCAUGAGAAAUGCCCUCUCCGCGUUGCACAAACUUGAGUUCUCUUGCUGGUCAUGCUCAUGCAAUACUUACAAAUUUUUUCAGAAUCCAGAGACAGCAUUACAAGUUUAGAACCUUCCAGACCCAGACACUUUUGCAUUUCAUAUCCGGCUCGAAAACGAGGUGCUGCCCGCUCUCGAGAAGACGGAGCAGGAGUUGAUCGAGGUGAAAGUGGAGCGGGAUGCGUUGCAAAAGGCCAAAAUCCAGUUGGAGAAGGUAUGACCCGCUCAGACGUUACAAUCUCAACUGUUACAAUAGAAUCUGGAUUUUGUGAUGCAAGAAGUGCAUGAUCUACCCAACUCGCAUAGCUUUGCGCAUGACAAGUUCUGGAGUGCCAAACCGCACUAGAAUCUGCCGAAAUUUGUAUUGCGAAAAGCGCAAUACUCUGCACGUUCCUCAUGCUCUUCAUGCAACACAAAUUCCAGAUUCUAUUGUAACGCUUGAGAUUGUAACACCUGAGCGGGUUAUAGAAGGAGUUGAAACAGGUGAAAAAGGAGUUGGAAAUCACGAAACAGCUGUACGACCGGAUCAACCGGAAGAUCCGAUAUCAAAUGUAAAAAUGUCUGGGUCUGGAAGAGUGCAACUUGUGAUGCUGAAUUUGGAUUCCACAAAAAUCUGUAUUGCAUGAGCAGCAAAGGGAGUGUAAUUUUUGCUACGCGGAGAGGGCAUUUGUCAUGCGGAAUAGGCAUCGCGAAGCCCUCAAAAAAUCUGUGAUGCUAGGGCACGCAUCACAGACAUCAUGGCCCAGGCAAAACAUGCAUGACAAGUCUCAGAAUCUUCCAGACCCAGACAUUUUUACAUUUGAUAUCCGAAGAUACAUCCCCAACGUGGCGAAGUUGGGGGAGCGGUUGGGCAGGUUCAUGGAGGAGGCGCUGGUCCGGUUCGUGUUGCAAGGCUUCACGGCGAACAAACUGCAGGAGUUGCGGUUCAUGUUCAAGAAGCUGAGCGCCGCGCACGCAGACACGCUCUUAAAGGUAGAGGAGGACGCGAAAGAAAUUAGGGGCUUGAACGACAACAUCGCAGAUCUGGAGUUGAAAGUGUCGAAGUUGGAAGAGGCGUUGGCACAUAAUAUCGGUAUUCUCUUUGCUUGCAUGUAUCAUGAAAUUAGUUGUGCAGAUUGAGUCCAUGAAUAGAAGAAUUGGUACAAGGAGGAACCAGGUACCCUACCGAACCAGGUACCCUGGACCAGGUACCUGGGACCAGGUACCUGGGACCAGGUACCCGGGACCAGGUACCCUGGGACCAGGUACCCUGGGACCAAAUACCCAGGGACCAGGUACCCAGAAAGCAAUCCCCGUCCUUGGGUUGGCAGUUUGGUGGGUGGGUUCGUUUUUCGCGUGCCAGGGCGCCCGCUUCCGGGCGGCCAGAGCGGCGUACUGUGGUGCGCUGUAUCCACGGGCGCGUGCGAAAAAAGUCUGCACAUUUGGCCACCGCGUAGCAUGAAGAAAGGAGCGGCCUCCCCUGGUUCUAAAAACGGCGGACCGGCGUACCCUGUUCCGUUGGUGCCUACAAGGGCUGGGCGCCCUAUGAAAAGAGGCACCGGGGGCCCACGUCCAGGCAUUCGCGUCUGGGUGCCGGUUGCCCACAUCCAGGCAUUCGCGUCUGGGUACCCGGGCCGUUACCCACGUCCGGGUAUCCACAUCUGCGCACCGGGUGCCCCCCUCCGGGCACCCCGGUCCGGAGAUGUGCCCACCUGGUGCCCAGAUGUGGAUAUCGGCUGUUGCUGAACUGUGGGCACCCGGUGCCCAGAUGUGAGUGCCAGGAUGUGGGCACCUUGCGUCCGGAUGUAGGCGCCCACCUUUUCACCUUUAGCUAGCAGAAAGCCCCACGAAAAGUCAAGCGGUUUCACAUCUGGAUAUCUACAUCGAGGCACCGGGUGCCCACAUCCGGCCACUGCUACCCACAUGCGGCCAUCUACAUCUGCGUACCGCGUGCCCACAUCCGAGCACCCGGGUACGGAGAUGUGGGCAGCCGGUGCCCAGGUGUGGACGCCCAGACGUGAACCGCUUGAGCUUUCGCGUGACUUUUUUUUUCAAGUAAAAGCUCAAAAGGUGCUCACAUCCGGGUAUCCACAUCUCCGGUCCGGGUGGCCACAUCCGGGCCCCGGGUACCUUGGUCCCAGGGUACCUGGUCCAGGGUACCUGGUCCAGGGUACCUGGUCCCAGGGUACCUGGUCCCAGGGUACCUGGUUCCUACCUCUACCAGAAGAAUUUACAUGAUAUGAAUACAAUUGCAGAGCGUAAGAAGCACUACGCGGAGCGAACGCGCAUGGCGAACAACGAGUUGCAACAGCAAACCGCUAUCAAAUGUAAAAAUGUCUGGGUCUGGAAGAAUGCAACUUUUGAUGUUGCAUUUGGAUUCCAAAAAAAUUUGUAUUGCAUGAGUACCAAAGGAAAGGCAAUUUUUGCUACGCUGAGAAGGCAUUUGUCAUGCGGAAUACGCAUCAAGAAGCCCUCAAAAAAUCUGUAUUGCUAGGGGGUGCAUCACCGACAUCAUGGCUCAUGCAAAACGUGCAUGACAAGUGUCAGAAUCUUCCCGACCCAGACAUUUUUACAGUUGAUAACCGCGACGAGAAUACAACACGAACACGAGAUCCGGAAUGUUCUGUUGCCCAAAAUCGAGCGGAUUCUGCAGGAGUUCGCGGAUUUUCGAAAGGAAACCGCGAAGAAGGAACAGAUGCUGAACAACCGGAUCAAGAAACUGCAGGAAGAUUUGGACGACAUGCGGGCGAAGUACCUGUUCGAAAAGCGGGAGAAGGAGCUGUAUCAGCAGCGGUCCGCGGACUUCGAGUUCCAAACGCAGCAACUGACGGAGAAGAGCGGCAAGUUGGAGAAGGAAAACACCGCCAUGAAGCGCAAGAUUGCACAGCUGACGAAGGAGAACCAACAACUGUUGCUUUUGACCCAGGGCAUCGGCCCGCCGGUGCCCGGGGGCUACAUGUGUUUGGUUUGUCAAGAGGACAUCAUGACGCGGAACCGGCAGGCGAAGUUACAAUCCGUCGGGAACGCGGACCUGGCCCGGGUUCGGGAGAGGGAGAAGGACCAGAGCGGGAGUUCCACAGCGCGGCGGGAAUCGCAAUCGCCGGCAAGUCAGAGAAGAGCAGGGGCCGCGAACAACCGCAGCAGCUCUGCGGAGCCGGGACCCCUCGACGCGGGCGGUGGCAAGGUGAUCAGCAUGCAGGACGUGAGUCAGAGGAUUUUUCAGUCCCCGUCGAAGCGCGAAAGUCCGGAGAAAAAGCAAAAGGAGGUCCAAGCCGCGCUGCGCGUAGCAACCAACUACGAAAGGAAAGUGGAAGACCGGGGAGUGACGGACUCCUCCGGAGUCGACGGGAAUCUUGACUUAGGUUUUGGCGGGUCGGAUGAGCCGGAACAGCAAGAUCCGGCUCAUGAAGACCAGCACGGGGGGACGAAAGCAGAGGAAGUCAUGCGCGAGGGCGAGAGUGGGGCCGGAGAUGAGACUGCGGAAAACGAGCGAAAAACCACGGGGACAGGAAAUGUAGUUGACUCGCAGCAUGAUGGCUUUUGGGACGACGUAGUUGAUGGAGGUGGAGAAAGUCUUUUACAGGGAAGCAGACCGCAAGCUGCACUGCCAGAUGCACAAAACGGAAAAAGCCAUCAGGUAGAAGAGAACGUCGGGACCGAAGGUGUCACAAAGCAAGCCUUCAUGACGCAGCUGGAAGUUGAUCCGCGGGUAGGGAAUGUGGCUGGAGAUACGCUUGGUCGAGACAGUGCGAAUGAGCAUGACAAACGUCUCGACGGCCGCCCUGGAAGUGGAGGUCGUGACGCUCCUGCUGAAAAUGACGGGUAG